AUGAAGGACUCGAAAAGAAGUACUUAUCUUCUUAGAUUCGGGGAUGAGCUAUACCCUAAGACGCCUCCACUAACGCAGCCAGAACAUAAAUCCAAAGCAGUGCGAAAACUCGAGCGCAUUAUGGAGAUUGUGACAAUGUUGCUGGAUUGUCCAGGGUCAGAAGGUAUAUACCCGAAAAACUAA